AUGACUAAGAACAGCCAGAGAAAGGCUAGAAAGAAGGCCCGUGAGUUCGAGGCGGCUCUGGCAAAGUCAAAUGCAGAAACAGCUGCGAAGGAAGCCAGAGGUGAAGCAGACCAAUUGGUUCCAGGCCUUUUCUCAGAUGAAAUGGUCAAAAAAAUAAUGCAAGAUAGUCAUACUGUGGAUUGGGAUGCCGCUGGCGGCUGGCAUGGAAAUGAUGAGGAGCUGCUUCCGGACCCAAUUUACCCAACUGAGAAGGAAGAAUGGAAAGACCCAAUUCCUGAGGUUAAAAGAGACAUUAUCGAGGGCUGGCCUUGGGAAGAAGAGCCUUCCAGGGCAAUCACAAUGGGGCCUUUGAUCGAAAAUUGGAAUUAUCCAGAAAAUAAUAGUCGGUACACACUGCCAGAGGCAGAACAAACCUCUCUUCUUCUUAGAAUUAUGGAGGGUUAUGAUAUCAUCGCUACUAGGAUAUUGAUCAAUAUGGCCGAUCAUUACUCAACUAUAUGGAAGUUUUCAGCAACAUCUCGCUUAGCCUGGAGGCAAGUCCUAUUCCGCCUUGACCUCUGGAUUACCAAUCUUAAAUGGUACAACAACUGCAAUUUAAAUGCUCAAGCUAGAGCCCUCCUUGGACGGCAACCCGGAGUCAAUCCUAUUAUUAUGGUGACCCCAAUGCGGACGGAAGUGGAUCCACUGGUGGACAAUACCACCUACCAGUACCAGAUAAAAUCGAUCAAAUAUCUCUGCCGCUCUAUUAACAACUUCGCUGAUUACAUCAAAAAUAUUCAAUUUCACCGAGUACCCUUCUUGGAUAUUAACAUCCUUGCACUUCUAAUACCCAAAAUGCGUCAUCUAACAAAUGUUGGGGUUUACAAAUGUCAACUAAUUCACAUCGGCAAUACUAUGCGUUUACUUGAGAUCCUCAAGACUGAUAGGCCUCUAGAGAAAGAGCACCAAGUAUAUCUCGACUUUUACCCGAAUCAUCACAAUGGCCCCCCUUUUCAACCGGGCAACCCAUUCUCUAUUGGGGGAUUUGGGCCGACCUGGGAUAACUGGAACGGCAACUCUCCCCUCGCUGUCUGGCAGUUAGUAUCGGUGGUAGUACCUCAAGCGAAAGCGCAAGGUAUCAACUUGACAUCGCCACACACGGCUUUCCGGAAAUGGUUAGAUGAUGGACCUUGUUGGCGUGUGGAAGCGACUCUUGCAGCUCUCUUGGACCCGUCAUUUCCUGUGGCUCACUUGUGCGCCUUAUUGGAUGCGGCUAAUCCAACCCAUCAUGGCAAUGUUAAGAAAUUCACAGGAAAAAUUGGAAACCGACACGAGGGUUGGGAAUGGGCCACUAAAACAUAUUACUGCGAUGGAUGCCAAAGAAGCCCAUUAGGAAUCUUCUUCGGUUACCAAGAAAUCAGAAGCUACGACAUAGGGGCAACGGCCCAGAAGUCAUGCUGGGGAUGCAGAAUGGUACAUGUUCUUGAGAAUGAAAAAGACCAUCUCAAGCAUAUGAAGCGAGCAGCAAUUAGGGAGCUGUUGACUGUGCCUGGCCAAGAUGGCGAGCUCAAUACUACCGAUUUGAAGGAAUUCCUGAAAACGAUGAGCACAACCCUUCCAAAUGGCGAGCAGCUAUGCGUCAAUCUAGCCCGUCGCAUUCAGGAGCGUAGGGGACGAGACAUGGCUAAGUAUGGAAACGACAGGGAGUUCGAAGAAAGACAAACGAGGCUGCAAAAGCAUGAACUAAACAUGUACGGGAGUGUGAGCCGUACUCCAUUGAUAUGCGAUAAGCUCAAUGAUCCAAUAAACAGGGAUACGACCUGGGAUCUACAAACAGUCGACCGAGCUCACCAGAUCCCGUUCCACCGCUAA